AUGGUUCCGUCGUUGAUUGCGGCGCGCUCUGCGCGAACCGUCAUACCCAAUGCCGCUCCAAAGCGUCUCCUCUCCGACAUUGCGAUCACUAGAACUGGCAAGCCAAUCAUUCGCACUGAGGGUGGAAGAUCCUCUCUUGGAGGUCAUACUGCAACGGUUUUUGGCGCAACGGGUCAACUCGGUCGAUACAUUGUGAACAGACUCGCCCGACAAGGAUGUACUGUUGUCAUUCCCUUUCGCGAGGAGAUGACGAAACGCCAUCUCAAAGUGACGGGAGACCUCGGCCGAAUUGUGUUCAUCGAAUACGAUCUACGCAACACAGCUUCCAUUGAAGCCAGUGUUCGCCACUCCGAUGUCGUCUACAACCUUGUCGGCCGCGACUAUCCUACCAAGAAUUUCUCCCUCGCCGAUGUCCAUGUCGAAGGAACCGAACGCAUUGUCGACGCAGUCGCGAAGUAUGAUGUCGAUCGUUAUAUCCAUGUGUCUUCCCACAACGCCAACACUGCAUCGCCGUCCGAGUUCUUCGCUACAAAGGGACGCGGUGAGGAAGUUGCCCGAAGCAUCUUCCCGGAAACUACUCUCGUUCGCCCUGCUCCGAUAUUUGGCUUCGAGGACAACCUACUUCUGAAACUGGCUUCUGUGCUGAACCUUUUCACGGCCAACAACAUGCAGGAGAAGUUUUGGCCCGUUCACUCAAUCGACGUCGGUGCCGCUCUGGAAAAGAUGCUGUAUGAUGACUCUACUGCCGGUCAAACUUUCGAACUCUGCGGCCCCAAGCAGUACAGCAUGGCGCAAAUCGCCGAAAUGGUUGACAAAGAGAUUUUCAAGCAAAGAAGGCACAUCAAUGUUCCGAGGGCUGUUCUCAAGCCUGUUGCCGGUGUUCUCAACAAGGCCCUUUGGUGGCACACGAUGUCGGCUGACGAGGUGGAGCGGGAGUUCAUCGACCAAAUCAUUGAUCCCGAGGCCAAGACGUUCAAGGAUCUCGGCAUUGAGCCCGGUGACAUUGCCAACUUCACCUAUCAUUACUUGCAAGGAUUCCGUAGCCAGAACUACUACGAUCUCCCCCCAGCCACGGAGAAGGAGAAGCGUGAAGACAAGAAGUACAUUCAUGUCUUGGAUGAGUUGUAA